AUGGGACUACAUAAACCUAAUUUAAUUGUACUUCUCAUUCUUGUUCUUAUGUUUGUAUUAUUGAUUGUUUCAUUUUCAUCAUCAUGGUAUAAAACUAGUAUUAGAGGACCAGAUCAUUUAGUUAGUUAUAUACAAUAUAAAUAUGAUUCAAUACAGAAUAUAACAAAGUCGAAUGCAACGAUACGGAUUGAAUGGAACAGUGAUCAACAAAUGCCAAACGCAAAGAGGAUAUUUCAAUUGUCGUUUGCAUUUACAAUAGUUGCUUGGGUUUUCACAGUGGUCAACAUUACAUUGAUUGGAUUUUCGCUGGGUGGAUAUCUGAAAAAGAUACCUCCAUGUGUACCUAUCAACAAUAUCGUUAGAUUCCUUCCGAUUGGCAUGCUGAUAUUUACAUUGCUUUCGGUAUUUACAUUUCUUGGACUGCCGCGCGCCAUUGACCAAGACUGCUGGGAGCACGAUAACUUUGGUUUACUCUGUCAACCAGAAGAACAGCGAGACAGACUAGUUGGAUCACUAAACGAAGGAAACAUUUCAUGGGGACCAAUCGAAGGUUGGUUUUGUUGUCUUAUUUCAUCUGCCUUAUCUUUGGCAGCAACUGCAGUUUCAAUUAUAUCAUCUCGUUAUACAAUUUAA